AUUUGUCAAGAACCUUCGGCACGAUGAGGGCUUUCGUUGUGCUUUGUGCUGUGGCUUUGGCCGGUGCCGUGCCCGUCGCGAAGGAGGAUGGGAUGAACAGGUUCAUCUCGGCCAUCAGGGAUUGCGUUGAAACGGAUACGUUGUUGUGCCUUAAGGAAAAAGCAAUGAAGUUCACGGAUAAUCUGGCCGUCUCCAAGGACUUGACGGUAGUUGAUGGCAUCAGCUUUUCCAGAACCGGAAGCCCUCGCUCCGCCAGGAGUUACGAGGCAUUAGCUGACGACCCGAAGACCAGGGAACAGCAAGUCGAAGAGAGAAUCAUGGACAACGUCGUGGACUUCCUCGACAGUCACGUUCUGCAGCUGAGAAUGCCGAAAUACUUCGAAGAGGACAAUUCUGUCGAAGAGGAGGGCCGUGGCAAGAAGAAGAAGAAGCUGAAGAAACUCCUCCCCAUCUUGGCUCUUCUCAAGCUCAAGUUUGCUGCCCUGAUCCCCUUGUUCCUGGCCAUCAUUGCCUUCGCAGUAUUUAAGGCAUAUAUCCUAGGAAAGAUUGCUUUCAUCGCCGCCGCUUUCAGUGCUCUGAAGAAGCUCUUGGAUUCCAAAAACUCCAAAUCCAACAGUGGUUGGUCCGAGCCGUCCCACAAUGAGCAAUCCGGCUGGGAGAGCAAUAACGGAUGGGGCAGGUCCCAGGACUCACAGGACCUGGCUUACUCCGCUCACGUUAAAGAAGAUUAGCUCAUAAACGAUUUUUGAAUGCUCAAUUGUUAUUGUGAGUGGCGAGUUCUGAGCAAAACUUAUUCAUUUAAUGCGAAUUAAUUUAUUUAAAUUAUUUUAGCACGUAAGUUACGGCCAGAGUUGGAAGUUUGACAUAUAGCGUCCUGUACCAUUUAUAAAAAAAAACCAUUUUUAUUUAAACCACCGUUUCUUAUUACAAUGCACAAAGUAUUAUCAUAACGUGUAGUAUAUAUAUAUUUACGUGAUAUUAUUUUAUUUUGAUUAUUUUGAUUUAUUUUUAUGAUUACGUAUUUCAUGUAAAUAUUUAUCUUAUGAAUCGUAUAUUUUAUUUUUUUAUAUUAUUAUCGGUAUACUAUUUUUAGUACAAUGUUUAUUUAUGUAAAUAUUUUAUUUAAAUAUGAA